UGGGAGCCGCCGGGGCGAGAGGAGCGUGGCCUUCUCUCUUCAGCAUGGCGUGUGCUCGUCCACUGAUAUCAGUGUACUCUGAAAAGGGCGAAUCAUCUGGCAAAAAUGUUACUUUGCCAGCUGUGUUCAAGGCUCCCAUCCGACCGGAUAUCGUGAAUUUUGUUCACACCAACCUGCGCAAGAACAACAGGCAGCCCUAUGCUGUCAGCGAAUUGGCAGGUCAUCAGACCAGUGCUGAGUCUUGGGGUACUGGCCGAGCCGUGGCGAGAAUUCCUAGAGUCCGGGGUGGUGGGACACACCGUUCUGGCCAAGGUGCUUUUGGAAAUAUGUGUCGUGGAGGUCGCAUGUUUGCACCAACCAAAACCUGGCGCCGUUGGCAUCGGAGAGUGAACACCACUCAGAAGCGCUAUGCCAUCUGUUCGGCCCUGGCUGCCUCUGCCUUGCCCGCCCUCGUCAUGUCUAAAGGUCAUCGCAUUGAGGAAGUUCCUGAACUUCCUUUGGUGGUCGAAGACAAAGUAGAAGGCUACAAGAAGACCAAAGAGGCAGUCUUGCUUCUUAAGAAAUUGAAGGCCUGGAAUGAUAUCAAGAAGGUCUAUGCCUCUCAGAGAAUGAGAGCGGGCAAGGGCAAAAUGAGAAACCGUCGGCGGAUCCAGCGCAGGGGACCAUGCAUUAUCUACAACGAAGACAAUGGCAUCGUCAAGGCCUUCAGGAACAUCCCCGGAAUUACUCUGCUCAAUGUCAGCAAACUGAACAUUUUGAAACUUGCUCCUGGUGGGCAUGUGGGGCGUUUCUGCAUUUGGACUGAAGGUGCCUUUCACAAGUUGGAUGAGCUGUAUGGCACCUGGAGGAAGGCCGCCUCCCUGAAGAGUAACUACAACCUCCCCAUGCACAAGAUGACCAACACAGACCUUAGCAGAAUCUUGAAAAGCCCUGAGAUUCAAAGAGCCCUCCGAGCACCCCGCAAGAAGAUUCAUCGCAGAGUCCUGAAGAAGAACCCACUGAAGAACCUGAGGAUUAUGUUGAAGCUCAAUCCAUAUGCAAAGACCAUGCGCAGGAACACCAUUCUCCGGCAAGCCCGCAAUCACAAGCUCAGGGUGGCUAAGGCGGAAGCAGCAUUAGGGGUCAAGUCAGAUGAGAAGGGAGUUCCCCUCCAGAAGCCCCUGGUGGGGAAGAAAGGAGGCAAGAAAGCCGCUGUGGUGAAGAAGCUGAAGAAGCCUGUGGCAGGAAAGAAGGCCGCAGCUAGCAAGAAGCCCGCGGCCGAGAAGAAGCCUGCCCCCGAAGAAAAGAAGCCAGCUGCAUGAACACUUGUUUUAUGCCCUGGGAAGUUGUCUUUUGGACAGCUUAUUUUGAAUAAAGACCUGCUUGAAACAACA